AUGCAAGACCUCGAGAGCCACGAGACCAGCGGUCUCCUCAACAAACAGUCCUCUACAAGCCAGACGCAACCCCAGAGACGCGCCGUGGCGCUCACGAUCGUCGUCGCGUUGGUCGCGACCACCGCGCUCGUCAACCUCGUGCCGAGCGGCCGCGGCGGCGGCCUCCGCGCGACGCGCCUCGAGGUCGGCGCCGCGGCCGCGGACGACGACGCAGCGUCGGUCGCAACCGGCUCCGCAGCAGCCGUCACCGACAGCACGGUCAAGGCGGGCUCAGCGCCCGCGGCGGGCGCCUCGCUCCAAGAUAAGUUCGCCGCGGCGUUCCAGAGCAUCCUCGACGAAGAGGCGACGGCGUGGGAUUGCGCGUUCUCUGUCGCCGUCAAGACAGAGGGCGAGAGCGCCGCGCUCACGGCCGGCGUCAUCGACAAGGCGACUGGAGCGACGGGGAAGCCGUCCGACGUCUGGGCGUGGGGCUCGGUGACGAAGCCGCUGACGGGCGCUCAGGUGUUGCACCUCGCGGACGAGGGCAAGUUUGACCUCGACGACGCGGCGGCGCCGAUCAUCGAUGAGUACAUUCAAAACAUCGCACAGCAGCAGGGCGACGCCUGGAACUUUACGUGGACGUCCCUCGAGGAGCUUUUCCAGAACGCGUCCGUGAACGAUAUCACGAUUCGGCAGCUCCUGGCGAUGCAAGCUCCUAUCCCCGACUUCGACACCGGCGGUCUCCGCGACUAUCUAGCUUCAGGAAAAUCUGGGACCGCCUGGCAGGUUCUGGACAGCGUCAAGGACGCGUACCCGCUCACGCCGCUCCAGUACAGCUCGACAAACUUCGUGCUGCUAGGCAUGAUCGUCGCGCACUUCGCGGACGGGCUUCCUCUGGAAGAGACGGACCAGGCGUAUUACCUACCCUCGCAUCUCAAAAGCCAGCUCCACUUCGGACAAAACGGCCAGACGGCGUCGGAGUGGACGGACGUCAAGUUCUACGACCGCACUGCGGGCAAAGCGGGCGAGGUCCGACACGACGAGUGGUCCGAGAAACCUGGCAUCUUCAUCGGUUGGGGCGCGUCAGACCUCGCGGCAAGCGUGCCUGUGGUCGCCGAGCUCUUCUACGAGAUCUACGGCGCGCAGACCGUUACGAAGCAAGUCGAUGAGAUGUUAAAGUUCCACCACGACCCAGUUUGGGGCUACGAGUACGGCCUCGCGACGAUGAGCGCCGGGGUACCGGGUAUACCUAUGUACGGCCACGGCGGAGACACGUACGGCGCUGAAUCGCAGGCUCAUUACAGCCCAGUGCUCAAGGCGUCGGUCGUCGUCGCAUCGAACGUGGAGAUUCCUCACGAGUCUCAGACCAAGUACGUUAACUGCAUGGCAUGGGCGGCGCUCGUGAAAACCAUGACCCCGCUGGCGCAUUCGAUCCGCGAGAGUUGCAAUGACAUUGGGAAUACCGUCCCGAGGGAUCUCUACCGCGACCAGAACCUGCGCAAGGCCUCCAACUAG